AUUUACUUGUAUAAUUCCAGACGAGGUUCGUGCAUGUGAACUUGUUAUCGUCUGUCCUCUUACUUAUCUUAAAUUUCAAUCUAUAAUAAACAAUGGAGUAUAAAGCAGCUGUUUUGUUCCUAAUCUUCUUAUGUUAUGAUGUGUCAUUUUCUGCGGAUUGUAUUGGACUACAAGAUGGCAAUUACCAGUUAAACUGCCAGACGUAUAAAGCAUGUAUCAAUGGUACUGCAGCAGUCCACAACUGUCCUACACCUCCAGCAUUAGAAAUUGUGUUCAACAAUGUAACGCGGAAAUGUGACAUACCAAGUAAUGUCGCUUUACCAUGUGGUGGAUACCAUUAUGACUGUUCAAGUAAAGCCGAUGGUGAUUUUGCUGAUUUAGUAACCAAUUGUACUUCGUUUGCUGUUUGUUAUAGCGGGAAAUUAGCAGGAUAUCAACAUUGUCCAGCAAAUUUGGUAUUUGAUGCAGCAAUACAGACUUGUAAUUGGGUCGGAAGAGUCCCGCCACCUUGUGGUACCAAAGUUUGAACAUUUGUUUCCAUAUAAUCACUCGCAAUUCCUCCACUUUAGCUAAUAAAACACUUCUAAAUGUU